CCUUCUCGGGGAACUUGGACCGAGAAACUGCUUUGCACGCUUGCACCGUUCAGUCCUCCUUGUUUCUAUUCUCCAAGGACGGGCCAGCAAUGGGAGAGCGUGCCCGAUUGAACCAUGCAAGUUACUUUUGCACUAGGUUGGGGGCAUCAAAAAAGCCAAUGGAGGGGCUCAGCUGGGAGAUCUGGUUUGAAAGCAGCUUGUUCCCACGGAGCACAAAUCCACACCGACAAUUUGAAUCCAGUCGCGCCUGGAUCACGUAUUUUUCGUAAUGUGCUAAAAGCGUGCAUGGACAUGCGUGAGAAAUGCUGAAGAUCUUUUUCCACGCUGUAUAAAUGUACGGAAUGCUGUAUUGAAUGCUGUUGGUGGAGGGUUUUACUCAGUGAUUUCAGCUGAUCAUUCCCAAAAUGAUUUCUAGCAGCAGAACUACUAAUUUAGAUGGUGCAGUCCAAGCCUUUGGUGAACAGCUGGACGCCUUUGCCUCAGGCCAGCUCAUGACCCUAACUCAGUACUUUUCCCAAGACUUGAUCUACGUCAUUGAAAACGAUAUCACCUUGGUGCUCCAGGAGCUGAUCACAGGGAGGGUCAUCACAUCACAAGAAGCUCAGAUGUAUGCCCAGCUGGAGAAGUCUACAGAUUCAACCAAGGGUGCCAAAAAGAUGGUUGAGGACUUGUUUAGAAAGACCAAAGAGGUAGCAGUUGGAUUCUGGAAGUGUCUCUAUAGCCUAAGGAGCAAAUGGUCCCAUCCCAACCUCAACAGGAUGGUGGAAGAACUCUCAUGCCAUGGUCAAGAACUUUUAGAGGAGGUUCUUCUGAACAGGGAUGGACACCUUCUUGAUCAAGAACUAAAAGGUUCUCAGGAAAAACUCAAAGAGAGCCUCCAUGCCCAGACAGAAACCCUGAGCAGAAGUACCAGAGGAGCUCAGUUUGAGGGACGACGUUUCCCCAUCCAAAACUACUACGUGGAGCUAAAGGUGGUCUCAGAUGCCCACUUCAGGAGAAAGAAAAUGUGUGAACAUGAAGCCUUAGCGGCUGUUGGAGAAGUGAAUGAAUAUCGCCUACGCCACAAAGUCCAGGCCGACCUGGAACGGAUCACCCCCGACCGGCUUUUCCGUUGGUGCAGUCGGUCACACCGUACGCCCCACUCCGUGAUGGUGAGCGGAGUAGCUGGAGUGGGGAAGACCACCUUUGUUCAAAAAUUUGUGUAUGACUGGGCCACAGGGAAACACUACCAAAAAUUCACCUUUGUUUUCUUCUUCAAAUUCCGAGACCUCAAUUCUCUGAAGCAGACCAGCCUGGAAGCCCUACUCCAAACGGAGUAUCCCCAAUUACACAGCCACCUUGGGGCAAUUCUUCAGGACCCCGAGAAACUCCUCUUCAUUUUUGAUGGUCUGGAUGAGAGCAAGAGCGUUUUAGAUCUCUGCAAUGACCAAUCUCCAGAAUUCUGCGUCCUUCCAGGAGAUGUGAAACCAGUCAAUGUCAUUGUGGCAAGCUUGCUCAAGGAAACACUUCUGAAGGGAUGUUCAAUCCUCCUGACCAGCCGUCCGACCAAACUCGCCCAUUUAGAGAUGGCGGUCUUCCACAGGGUAGCCAGCAUUGUGGGCUUCCUUGCUCAAGACCGAGAACAAUAUUUCCACAACUUCUUUGGGGAUGUGAAGAUCGCCCAAAAGGCCUUGACCCACGUGAGGGAUAGCCAAGUUCUUUACACCCUUUGCUACAACCCUUCCUACUGCUGGAUUACUUGCACGGCCCUUCAAGCUUAUUUUACCUCCAAUUCCGGUCAACGCCAUCCUCUCCCUCAAACCGUAACUCAACUCUUUGUAAGUUACAUGAAGCACAUGAUGGACCAUCAUAGUGGAGACUUCACUGGAGGUCCUUCCGUUGAGGAGUUGCUGGUUCAGCUUGGCUUUUUGGCUGAUCAUUGUUUGAGAACUGGCAUGCUUGUCUUCGAUGAACAUGACCUGGAGGCCUUCCAAGUGGCGCCAAGAACGUGGCCUUCGCUCUUCACAGCCUUUGUGGUGGAAGACGUCCAAGCUGGCAUCUCUUCUCUCCAGGUCACCUAUUCCUUUCUUCACCUCACCAUUCAAGAGUUUUUUGCUGCCCUCUUUCAUUACUUGGAUUUCAAAGACAGUCAUUUUUCAAACACCAUCGGGUUAGCCCAAAGCAACCGAACUGGCGAUUAUGACAUUUUCUUUCGCUUCUUGUCCGGACUGUCCCAUCAGAACACCAGGGCACCCUUGGAAGAAAUUCUGGGGAAAUUCUCAGCCGUGGCUAGUGAAAGAGUCAUCGGUUGGCUCAAAAAGAAGAAUUGGAAAGCGCUCUUGAGGGAUACGACUCAGAGCGGGAAGAGAAAAGCCAUGAAUUUUUUCAAUAUCCUUUUCGAGGCACAGAAUGGCCAACUUGUGCAGCAACUCAUGGGCGAUUCGGCUCGCGUGGACUUCUCUGAUCUCUACCUCAUGUCCGUUGAUUGCACCAUCCUCGCCUAUGUCCUAAGCCACUGUCAAACCGUGGAGCUUCUGAACCUCAAUUCCUGCUACAUCCAGAACGAGGGAUUGGAGAAGUUGUCCCCACACUUGCACGUCAUACAAGACUUGAGCCUUCAAGAUAAUUACCUGAAAGACUCAGCGGUGAAACAUCUCGUUUCUGCAUUAAAGCAUCCUCAAUGUCAGCUCAAGAGCCUUAGCUUGGCAUGGAACAGGCUCACGAGAAACUGCUGUGAAGUUCUCUGUUCAGCCCUCUCAGAAAAUAAGAGCGUCUUAAAUCUUGAUCUGAGCAAAACCAAGUUAAGAGAUGACGGUUUGUCAGUGUUACUAAAGGUGUUCCAAAAUCCAGACUGCAAGAUUCAGAAAUUAAUGAUCCAGGAAAAUGGCUUAUCAGAGGCUUCUUGCAAGCUGUUGCGUUCUGCUCUCGCUGGAAACACCAGCCUGGUCAGCCUAAAUCUGAGUAGCAAUCCACUCACGGAUAGAUGUGUUCCCGAGCUUCGUCAGCUCAUCCAAGAGCGUCAUUCUCUUCAAGAGAUCAGGUUGAACUUGACUGAUAUCAGCCCGCAGAUGGAGGAACAGCUGAAAAACAUGGCAAGCCAGCGAGAUUUAAGGUCCUGAAGUCCUCUCCAGUCCCUGUUUUCAGCUCCUUACUGUAUUUCUUCUUUUGAAGGAACAUCUUGAACUUGUCCUACCUGCCUUUGAAGAAGGGCAUCUGCAGGAGGGGGUCCAAAAGUUCAAGAAGGGGGUGCAACUGUGUGUGGAAGCUCUGCUCCAUCUUAUGCAUUGCACGUCACACUCAGAUAAAAAUGGGUCAGGGGUUUGAUCCCACCUGCCAUCUUGACUUUUGGGGACCCAUCCAGAUGCUAAAGCUGGUACAAUUGCCUGGCUACCUGGAUAGUUAUGGGUGCCUCUAAAUUUUGCCCAUAUAACACCUCUCUUUAGGGGGACCACGUUGGCCACCAAUCACCUUCUGAGUAAAAUUUGAAGUACUGGUUAUCACCUUGAAAGACUGACGUGGUUUAGGCCCUGGAUAUCUUCAUGUCCCCCUGCUCCAAAAUCACUCUGUCCAUCCAGUGAGAUCAGAAAGAAGAAGCUGUGGAGGAUCUCACUGUCAAGGGGACUCCAUAAUAGGACCUUCUCUGUGGUGGCCCCGCUUUUAUGGAAUAGCUCACCUUCACACCUCUGGACCCGUUCCUCCUUGUUGGGUUUUCUCAGGGUGAUUAAAACAUGGCUAUUUGAUAAGGUAUUGGGAGGGGGGGUUAGUUGGGGCCUGCCCCUAUGAAUGUCACUUUCAUGGUAGGAUAUUUUUGCCUCUUAUAUCUAAAUGGUUUUUGGUUUGUUUUUAAUGCCUUGCCUUUUUUCCUCAACCGCUUCCAAGAGACUCUAGAAUGGGGCAGUGUAGAAAUCUUGGUAAGAAAUGAUAAACCGUAAUCAAUAAUAGAAAUAGGAACACCAUUCUGAAUGCAAGUUGGUUUGCUGAUCAGAGAAUCGGCGCCAAUUCCCACGGUGAGACAGAAUUUCACUUUCCUUCCAGCCUUUCAGUUUUGGUCUUGUAUACGUGAGAUGCAGGGAGCACCUGUUUUCCUGGCUAGUUGCAUUCACACAAUAUGUUGACCCAGGUCAACGAAAGAAGAAAUCGUAGCUGAAUUUGCACAAUACGGCCCUGGGUUAGUUCUUUGGGGACUUAGCUUUCUGUACCGUAGAGGAGUGCAAAGAUAAUUUGAAGAAGAAAUGCAAGAGCGGUUUUUUAAAUAUCAGCCUAGCCCUGAAAAACAGAAGAGGGUGAGGAAGAAACUCAAGAUUGCCCCACUUUGAUUCUCUUUGGCAUAAGGCGAGGAAGAGAGAAACUUGAUCAGCUUCUCAAAAUUGUUAUUUUACUCUGUAACAAUGAAAUGGAGUUGUUGUUCUUGCUACUGUUAUUAUUUUGUUGAAAUUUGUUAUAGCCACCCACUGCAGUAGACAAAGCCCAAAGCAAUAAAAACAGUUAAAAACCUUGAGCAACACAGACACCCCAGGCUAAAACAACCAUCACAAUAGCAAAACCGCACCAGGAAUUCCAGUUAUUAUACCCUCCAUCAAUAAAGUACAGUUCCAGAACUCUUUCUAGAGUCUUUAUAAUCUCCAGGAUCAUGUUCAAUCCUUGGUCCCGCUCCUCUCCCAAUCCUCACCCUCUUCUCAGCCCGAUUUGUAUACAGGUAGUCCUCACUUAACAACCACAAUUGGGACCGGAAUUUAGGUUGCUAAGCGGUGCGGUCGUAAAGUGAUUCAUCAUGUGACCGGACCCGAUUUUACAACUUAUUUUGCCGCAGCUGUUAAACGAAUCAUGUGGUCUUUAAUGAACCAUACGGUUGUAAAGCGAAUCACAUGGUUCCCCAUUGACUUUGCUUGGUGGAAGCCGGCAGGGAAGGUCAC